AUGCAAGAAUUUGACCUAAUCGUGAUUGGCAGUGGACCCGGAGGCUAUACUGGAGCAAUAAGAGCUGCUCAACUCGGUAUGAAAGUUGCCUGUAUAGAAAAAAGAACUACUCUUGGAGGUACUUGCCUAAAUGUGGGAUGUAUUCCUUCAAAAGCCCUACUAAAUUCUUCAGAAAAAUAUUAUGAAGUAAUGCACAAAUUGUCUGAUGUAGGGGUUAUAGCUAGUGCUAAACUUGAUUUACCCAAAAUGAUGUCUAAAAAAAAUCAAGUAGUAGCAGAAUUAUGUAAAGGAAUAGAAAGCUUAUUUGCCAAAAAUAAAAUUAUUCGAAUCGAUGGGACAGCCAAGCUUCUCUCGAGCAAUAUUGUAGAAAUCAAUAAUGAGAAGACAACCACACAAAUUUUGGCUAAAAAUAUUUUAAUUGCUACCGGCUCAGAUAUUAUUGAAAUCCCUAAUAUUGUAGUUGAUGAACAAUUUAUUGUCUCUUCAACUGGAGCUUUAAAUCUGACUGAAGUACCCGAAAAGUUGGUAGUAAUUGGUGGUGGUUAUAUUGGGUUAGAGCUUGGAUCAGUAUGGAAUAGGCUUGGGUCGCAAGUAACAAUUAUAGAAUAUGCAGAUACAAUUGUACCAGCUUUAGAUAAGGAAAUUAUUAAUCAAUUUGCUAAAAUAUUACAAAAACAAUCUAUUGAAUUACGUCUGAAUACGAAAGUAGUAUCAGCAGAAAAGAAAGCAGGAAAAGUUCUAUUACAGCUAGAAGACCUAAAGAGUAGCACAGCCCAACAAAUCACCGCUGAUAUAGUGUUAUUGGCAGUAGGUAGAAAAGCUAAUGCCAACAAUUUAGGGUUAGAUAAAUUAACAAUCGAAUUAGAUAAACAAAACCGAAUUAUAGUAAAUAAGUAUUUCCAAACCACCAUAAAUAAUAUCUAUGCAGUAGGGGAUGUGAUUGCCGGACCAAUGCUAGCUCAUAAAGCAGAGGAAGAGGCUAUAGCUGCGGUAGAAAUAAUGGCUGGCUUAGCUGGACACGUGAAUUAUAAUCUUAUUCCAAGUGUAAUUUAUACUUGGCCCGAAGUAGCAAGUGUUGGGUUUACAGAAGAGCAAUUAAAAGAAGCAAAGGUCGAGUAUAAAGUGGGUAAAUUCCCAUUUUUAGCUAAUAGCAGGGCACGAACCAUAGGUUCUACUGAUGGAAUAGUCAAGAUAUUAGCAGAUAGUCGUACCGACAAAGUACUGGGAGCGCACAUUAUUGGCCCAGAUGCUGGUACCCUCAUUGCCGAAAUGGUAGCAUUUAUGGCAUUUGGCGCCGCUGCGGAAGAUGUUGCUAGAACGUGCCAUGCUCAUCCUACUUUAAGUGAAGCCCUCAAAGAAGCAGCCUUAGCUAUUGAAAAAAGAACUAUUAAUAUUUAA